GAAAAAUGGAGUGGAAUUUUCGAACGCUGAAGAACUGGAUUUGGCGUGGCAUUGGCGCUGAACCUGACCCUGAAGAUGAAAUCGACCCAAACGACCCGGAGGCCCAGAAAGCUGCGGUUAAGAUACAAGCAGUGUUUAGAGGACACAAGACGAGAAACGAGAUGAAGACAGACCAGGACGACACAGAAGUGCAAGACUUUGAGGCAGAAUUCCGUCCGGACGAUAAAGAAUUAUGUCACGCCGCGACGAAGAUUCAAGCAUCCUUUCGUGGACACAAAGUGAGAAAACAGGCAGAGGAGACGGACAAGCUGACCAAAGAAAUGGAGAAGGCUAAGAUGGAAGAAGAGGAAAUUCAGAACAUCGACCUGACAGAUCCUGAACUGAACAAGGCUGCCACUAAGAUACAAGCUUCGUUCCGGGGCCACAAAGUGCGUAAGGAGGAAGGUGAUGGUGAGGCUAGCGGAGAGGCCAAGUCGCAGUGAAUUCGAGGCCAUAUUGGCCUGUCAUGUCUUUCGGCCUCUGGCCUUGCUCUAUCAGAGCUACGCUCCUGUCGCCCUAGCCUCUUCCGUUCACACAGGAGCUUCUAUGGUUUAGCGAUUUACAUUUUUUAUAAACCGUAGUUUACGCCGGUUUUGUAUCAAGGUAUUUUAGCCUGGGUGGCUACUGAAACCGUGGUGAAAUUUGCCAAGUUUGAACCGUUGUUACUGAAUUAAACUGAGAACAAUCGAAUUUGUUGUUGUUGACAUUUGGAAACUAUAUCGUAUCAUGACAUAGUAAAGUGUCAUGUCGAGCCCCUACCACGUUAGUAACGUACACGCUUUUAUAAUUUGCUAGUUGACCGGGUAGCUUGCGAUGUUUGUUUUGUAAAUAGCUUUAGUGAAAGUGCUGCUCGUAGCUUAUCGAAUUUGUUGAGCGUUUUGUAAUAGUUGACGGUUAUGCUUUCUAUCAUCUGUUCUAUCUAAAGUUCCUUAACCGAUGUUAGUAUUGUUCA